ACCUUGAAUAAAUGUUGAUAAAAUGACUUGUUCAGUUCUCUAGAGAGCUGUUCAGCUGUGUGUAGAGGCUUCUAUUUAGCUGCUAGGGAUCAGGAGAUUUGGAGGUUGGUUUGUGUAAGAGUGUGGGGAGGGGGUAUAUUGAGUUGUACUUCAAACCAAACUAUUUGGAGAGAUCUCUACAUUUCAAAACCAAGAGCUAACUUCAAUGGUUGCUACAUUAGCAAGAUGACAUAUAUCAGAGAAGGCGAAAGAGGAUUUCAGGAUUCUGCCACUUACAAAGCCUGGCAUGUUGUCGAAUAUUACAGAUUUAUCAGAUUUUUCCCUGGAGGUAGAGCAAUGAUGGUUUUAUCAGCAGAUGAUCCAGGACUGAUUGUAAAACUAAUGAAUAACAGGAAUAUCUGCUAUGUACAGGGUGCUAUGUUUGGAGAGUACAGGAUAGUUGACGAUGUACUGUUCUGUAUAUUAAACAAGAGUAAACCCAAGAAACCUGCUCAAAAAUUCAGAAGAAAACGAAGAGACUCCAUGGUUUACCACGAUGUUCCUGAUCAGGAGUUUCUACUGGAGUUCUACAUCAAGGGCCCAAGGUUCCAGAAGUUGUUCUGGAGAAACUACAAGAUCCUCAGCAAGUAUUCUAACGGGAGUGAGCAGUUGGAUAUUGUUAACUUGAACGAGAAGGAGUUCCCGAGGUUGGUGUUCAGUCCAGUCCGUAGUUAUCAUUUCGAAUCCUACUCCCCACUCUAGCAGCCCAUUUCUCUCUCAUGAUCAUAUUCACUGAUGGAUAUAGUUGUGAGGUUUGUUAUGGUCUUCAAGAAUUUGAGAUUUUCACAAUAUUUAAAAAGGCUUUCUCUCAGUUUUUUAUAUUAAAAUUUUAUUAACGAAACAAAUCGUUUUGAUCAACCGCUGUGGUUGCCAUCUAUGUCUGCAGACAGUGCUUAGGAUCCGGAUCAGCAACAUUUAUCUUUCUGGUUCCGGAUCCACAAAUCGGACAAAAUAUUGCGGAUCCGGGUCCGUCGGAUCUUCAAUAUUUUGGCAUCCUGGAUCCGGAUCCAAGGCGCAAAAUAUUGACCAAACAUUUUUUAAAAAAUAUUUUUGCUCUCAAACUCCAACUCUGAACUUUUGAAAAAAGGGAAAUUGUUAAAAUUGUCCUAACCUCUUAAUGGUUCAAUUAGUUUUAGCAUAAAAACACCGAUGGAAAAAAGAAGAAACAUAAUUCAAAAGUUUUUCUUUUGUUAAAAAAAAUAUACCCGAUAAACAUCGGGUAGAGAGAAAGUACCUAAAUUUAUUACUAAAGAUACUAUUACUAAUGAUAGUUUUGCGAAUUUGUGUUGAUAAUUUUCUACGUUAAAGUUUUGAUUGUUAGUAGGCAUAAUGGUAAACGUAUUCUCCGUUCAUUCCUAAUCUUCUGUUAUCAGUUAAAAUGUUGCUUUAUGUAAUAAAAGCAAUCAUGUGGAAAAUAGCAGUAUGUAAACAUAGUCGAUUUUCAUGGAGCCACCAGAAAGUCAAAAGUUUUUGAAAGUGUUUAUUGGAAUUUGUGAUGCUAUCGUUUAAUCAAAUCAUAACUGAAAUUUUUCUUUGUCCUGAUCAUAUGCAAAUUGAUAUUAAUUGAUAUAAUUUGAAAUAAAUUUUUGAAUUAAA